AUGCGCAAUGGAGAGGACAGUUUAGAGGAAGAUGAAUCCGUGUGCGUGACUGUGGUGAAAACCCUGAAGAGUGAAAAACUGAAGCAGGUCAGAAACUAUAUCAAGGAGCAUAGUCCUCGUCAACGGCCUGCAAGAGAGGCCUGGAAGAGAAGCAACUUUAGUUGUGCAAGCACCAGUGGAGUAAGCGGUGCCAGUGCCAGUGCCAGCAGCAGCAGUGCCAGCAUGGUCAGUUCUGCAAGCAGCAGUGGGUCCAGUGUUGGAAACUCUGCUUCAAACUCCAGUGCCAACAUGAGUCGAGCACACAGUGACAGCAACCUGUCUGCAAGUGCAGCAGAGCGGAUUCGGGAUUCAAAAAAGAGAUCCAAGCAGCGGAAGUUACAGCAGAAGGCCUUCCGCAAAAGGCAACUGAAGGAGCAGAGGCAGGCCCGGAAGGAGAGGCUCAGUGGGCUUUUCCUUAAUGAAGAAGUGCUGUCCUUGAAAGUGACAGAGGAAGACCAUGAAGCAGAUGUUGACGUUCUGAUGUAAUAAGAAUGAUUCUAUGAGCAUUCUUUCCAAGCAUUAUUCUAUCUUUAUUAGUUUACAUGCAUCUUGGCCAAAAUUUUGGUUAGGGUUUUGCUGGUGUACCUUUAACAGUUUAAACCAGUGGUUCUAAGAGAGUGGUCCCAGGACCUGCAGCUUCAGCAUCACUCAACAACUUGUUAGAAAUGCAUGCUAUUGGUUCUACUUCAGACCAAUCAAACCACAAGAGUGGCAGCAUAAUUGUGUUUUGUUUUAACCAGUGUCAGAUUAUUCUGGUACACAUUUUGGUUUAAGAACCAUUGGUUUAAAUAAGUGUUUUGACCAUUUAAACUUUAUGGUGGGAUUUUUCAAAGACUAGUAUUUCUACAAUUUUAGAGAUUUCAAAGUACUGACAAGUAGUUUAUUAUAUCAGUGUGUGUACAUGUGUAGGGAUCGUAAUUCAGUUCCCUUAAUGUCAAUAUUUCUUAGUUUACUUUUUCUAAAAGGCCAUAGCAUAAUUUUCAAUUCCAGAUGGAAAUCUGUAUGGAAGUGAGUGUGCACACAAAGUUCAAUUGCUGUUUACAAUAGUGCCUUUAUUAGGUUUUGUUCUGUUUCCACUCAUUAGUAACUCAAGGGUAUAAGAAUUGGCCCAAAUCUUUUCUCAGUUUGAUUUGCCUCUGUUUUUCUCCUUCCGUAAAAAUCGGAAUUCUUUCUGUAAGUGAUAACUACUGAAGAAAUGAUGUUACUAGUAGCUGAAUUUUAGACUGACGGCUAGGCUGAUUAAUAUUGAAAUGGACACUGCAAUAUGCUAAACAAUAACUAUUCCCCUUUUCAAUUGCUUUCUGAAAUUUUAGGCUGUAAAAUGAUCCUAAAGACCUAAAUUGAUUGAUCUCUCUUCUCUGUCUAAAUUAUUUUGGUAGGUUUU